GUGACGUUAACCGAAUGCAUUUGAACCGGUUACAAAAGUCUGUAAGAAAAUUACAUACGAUUUAUACAUAUUAUGUCUAAGCCAAGGGUUCUAGUGCUCGGAGGUUGUGGUUUCGUUGGUCGAAACCUGGUAUCCUACUUAGCAAAGAAUGAUCUCACAAGUGCAAUAAGGGUAGUCGACAAAGUGCCUCCACAAGUGGCCUGGCUGAAUGAUGCCCAUACUGGAGCUUUCGGAAGUAGUAACGUGGAAUUCAAGAGUGCUAAUUUGAUUAAUCCAGAAUCAUGUAAAAACGUUUUCCAACCCUUCGACGGUAUGCCCUGGGAUAUUGUGGUAAACUGCGCAGGGGAGACGAAACUGGGGCAAACCGAUCCCGUUUACAAUGAAGGCAUAUUGAAAUUGAGCUUAAACUGUGCAAAGGAAGCAGCUCAACAAAAUGUCAAGCACUUCAUCGAACUGUCGUCUGGCAAUAUGUACUCUUCGGAUAAGGUCGCCCAUAAGGAAGACGGUCCCGUUGAGCCGUGGACCUUUGUUGCCAAGUGGAAGCGACAGGUAGAGAAACAGUUUGCAGAAAUGUCCGAUUUACCAUACACCAUCCUUAGGUUGCCGGUAGUGUAUGGACCUGGUGACAGGAGCGGUUUGAUGCCGCGGAUAAUGGCCGCAGCAAUUUAUAAGCACCUGGGCGAAACCAUGAAGCUGCUGUGGAAUGCGGAGCUAAGAAUAAAUACCGUGCAUGUAAAUGACGUGUGCGGGGCGAUUUGGUUUGUUUGUUGCCGGGAUGAUACCGUUGGGCAGAUCUACAAUGUGGUGGACGACGCGGACUCCACCCAGGGCUCCAUAACCAAUAUCCUGGCCGACCUUUUCAACGUCAAAGUCGACUAUUACGGAAAUCUCGUCUCGGCGGUUGUGGAUCUGGUGGGGGCCGCUGACGACGCCAACGAUAAACACCUGGGCCCUUGGGCGGAGGCCUGCCGCGACAACGACAUUCUCAACACCCCUCUGUCUCCUCAUAUGGAUUCGGAAUUGCUCCUGCACAAACAUCUGAGACUGGACGGGAGCAAGUUGAGAAACUUGGGCUUCUCCGUGUCCGUGCCUCAUCCCACCGAGGAGAAUCUAAAGGAGAUCGUCAACGACUUCCUGAAGAUGAAGGUCUUCCCUCAGUCGUUGGCUCCUUGAGGGGCUUUUUUUUUGCAAUUUUUCGAGUGUAAUAUUUCAUGUAGAGGGGGGAAAUUUGGGAGCCGUAAUCUUUAAUUGUCUCGUCUUAGUGGUUGUUUGUUCGUUUCGGAAUUGGAUUUGCCAAAAAUAUCGUUGGGGUUGCGGUUUCCGAAAGUCCCCUUUCUCUCCGAGUAGCUGUAAGGGUAAAAUAAGUACUUAUUCUGUACUUACAUACUGUUUUGCUUUCUCAUAUUAGGCUUAGGAGAACCGUCACGGGAAGGAGUGUUUUUAAUAAUUGUCUGGCUCAGCGAGGAACGGUGCACGAUGAAAGGGAAUUACUCCGGGCCUAACCUGGGAGGUGAUCCGUUAUUUUUCCUAAAUACUUAAAAUAUACAGGUUUAAAGUGCAUUAAUGGUAGAUAAGUAAGAUUAAAAAUAUAUUUUAAAGCGGAAGCUGCAAGUGAUAAUCAAACCACAUUCCAACUGCUUAGUUUGUGAUUUAUUGUUCCACGCAGGGCGUCGAGAUAUUCUACCGGGAAAAUUCCACAAUUCGCUCUCUGGCCAAUAAAACGAAAAAGGUUCAUGUAAAUGUCGGUUCGAACUUGAUAUUUUAUGUUUAAGUUCAAAAUUUUUGGUUUAAACUCGAAACUUUUAGUUGACUUUCGAAAGUACAAAAAAUUGUAAGUUUGUAUUCAGAAAUUCGAAAUUUGAAACAAGUUUUACCUCAAAAUUUAAGGUUUGCACUUGAUAUUUUGCAAUUAAACUCAAAAUUUUGACUUCAAACUCGAAUUUCAACUUGACAUUAGAAAAUUCAGGUAUUAAUUUGGUAAUUUUCAGUUUUCAAGCAAAAUUUUGAACUUUAAAGAAAUUUCAAGUUUGAAACGUGAAAUUUGAGACAGAAAAUUUUGCUAAACUUGAAAAUGCGAGUUCAAAUUCAAAAUUUCAAUUCGAACUUGAUACUUCACGAUGUUCGGAAGGCAAGAACAAAAAAUAAAAUGAGCCUUUCUAUGCUUUCAUAGAAACGUAUUAUUUUUACAAUAAUUUUAUUAUAACACUUCUGUAGUUGGUCUAAUGAUCUCACAACCCAAAUCUACAACUAUUUUUAGAACUACUGAAAUUUUAGAUUCUUUUAAGAAAACACAACUUGCUACUUUUUAACCUCACGUCUCUUUUUAGAUGGUAUUCAUCAUGAUGUGACUUAAAAAAAAAUAUUUUUGCGUUUUUUAUGCGAUAUAAUAAUUAUGUGGUACCAAGGAAAGGGGGUAGGUGGGGGAAUGCUUUGUGUAAAUAUUUCUGUCACCAACAGAGGCUGUAUCGAUUGUGAAUAUUUCCAAUUUUGAUGAAAGUCCUGAGUAAAAAAUUAAUUUUGACUUAAUCUCUUCAUUAUUUUAAAAAAUGUGUAUCUGUAAUUUCCAAAUUAUUAAAAAAAAGUCCAUAUGAUUUUGUUAAAUUUUUGGUCGGAGAAUCGUUUAUAGGCUUUUCUUAGUGGAAUAUCGUAACACCCCGUACAUUUAACCAUCGAGGUGUCAAUUUUUGAAAUGUUGCUCAAAUUAUUCUUUAGAGUUUCUCAGCGACGAGGCUUUAUUUUGGUAUCGUUGUUAACGAGUUGUACUAUUGUUAAUUAAGUCCGAGUCUCGUACUGAAUAAAUUAUACUGCUUAU